UUGAAAGGACCAAAAAGAGAAAAUAGAGUGUGAAGUAGCAGUGUCAGUGGCACACAUCUAAACCCUUGGCGUUGAAAGUGCUCCUUCUGUUUCUAACUCUCUAAGAGUGAUAAUGGAAAACCACCACCAAAUGCAACAACACCGUCGUCAAAUUGGAUCCACCAGUCUCGAUCUAGAUCCUACAACCGUCAACGCCGUCAAAGAACUCGAUUUUUUCUCCUCAACUUCACCGUCCAACAACACUCAUACUCAUAACUCAGAUACUCGUCUUAACCUCCACCAUCUCCGUUCAAACAUUCCUAAAGAGAACGAAUCACAGCCUCUUCUCACUCAUCAGUUCGUAAAUACUACGCUGAAUUUAAUGUGUCCGAGUCAGAGUGACGAAUUGUCAAGAUCAGCAGCAGCAAUUGAUCAAAAUCUUAAAUCUCCGCUGAAUACGCUCCAAAACGAGUUUCUGAGACUACAAGAAGAGAAUUACAGGUUGAGAACUAUGUUGGACCAAAUCACCAAAAACUACCACCAUCUUCAAAUUUUCAUUGCUAUGCAGAAGCAAAAGCCGUAUCAGAAGGUGGAGAGAAAUGAGAUGAUAUCUGGUCAUCAUUUACUGGACCCACAAUCAUGCACCAGAUUGGACGCUAAAGUUGUUGCAUCAGUCUCCGAUGAUAAAUCUAGUCAAGAGGCUCAUGCUGAUCGUGUAGAAGAUGUUAUUGAACAAGCAUCAUCCAAGAGUCCCAAGUUUGAAGAAUCUAAGCCCGGUGAGCCUCCUUUAAGAAGAACCAGAGUUUCCGUGCGUGCAAGAUCAGAAGCUCCAGUGAUCUGCGAUGGAUGUCAAUGGAGGAAAUAUGGGCAAAAAAUAUCCAAGGGUAAUCCAUGUCCUCGUGCCUACUAUCGUUGCACCAUGGCACUAGGAUGCCCCGUUCGUAAACAGGUGCAAAGAUGCACAGAGGACAAGAGUGUGUUGAUAACAACUUACGAAGGAAAUCAUAACCACCCUCUUCCACCUUCAGCCACGGUGAUGGCGAAUUCUACCUCAGCAGCUGCAGCUAUGUUGUUAUCUUCUUCGGGUUCAACAACUAGUAACCAAGCACUAAACAACAGUGUUGGAGUAUUCUCUUCCAUGUACCUCUCAGCCUCUGCACCAUUUCCCACCAUCACCCUUGACAUGACCAACAACCCUGUGCUAGGGCACCCUAUCAUCUUCCCUCCCAAAAUGCAACAUUCACUAGGGCAAAAACAACCUUUGACAGAUAUCGUGACCGCCGCUGUUGCUUCGAAUCCAAAUUUCACUGUCGCGUUAGCAGCAGCUAUCUCGUCGAUUAUUGGAGCUCCUAGAAGCAAUGAUGGUGGAAAUAAUAUCUACAGUAACAAUGGUGGAAACGUUGUUGCUGUUGGGACAUCUAUGUUGCCUGGACCCACUUAAUUCUUUUCACGUUCAUGCAUGCACUACUUAUCGGGUCACCAGCAGCUUCUAUACAUGAAUUGUAGCUUACAUAUCUAUAUGACAAUGUAUACAUAUUGUUAUCUCUAUGUAUAAAAUGUAAAUAUAGGAAUAUAGUUUUUUUUUGGGAGAAAAAUUGUAUGGGAAGGAAAAACUUAACAUUCAACACUCAAUAUUUUUCUCUCGGAAUAUUGGCCUACAAAAUGGAGUUGCUACCUAACAUGUGGAAGAUUUGGUUACAUUGUUGAGGCAUGAAUAUGUAAAUUCAAGGAAAAUGGGACUAUAAUGAGGAGUUCAGGGUGUUUAAAACUUUAUGGAGUGAA